UUGUACCACUAAGUUAAAGUGGUUCUCGUGAAAAUUGAGAGCAAAUUUAAUAUUUAUUAGAUUAUUUGAAGUUAAAGUGGUUCUCGCCGCCUCACGCUUCACUCUCGCCGUUCACCAACACUCUCGCCUCUUCACUCUCACUCUCUCUCACUCUCACGUACGAGAUUGGGGAAUGAAUCGGUUUUUGUGUUUUGAUACAUACCUUCCACGUGCUCAUUUCGAAGAUCUACUUUCACAAAUUGCUUUUGUAGUGGUUUCCAUUUUUAUUAAUUGGCUGAUAUGUAAAUGUAAAUGCAAAUGCAAAGUUAAUUUGUUACGGCAAUAGUUAAUGGCUUAAUGCAAUGCUGAUUUGCAAAGGUGAGGCUUUGUCCUUCAUUGCUAAUUUGAUCAGAAUCUUCAAUUGCUUCAACAAAUGUAUCACACUCUCUUUGUAGUUAAUUUAUUACAAAGAAUGGCAAUAGUUGAUGCAAUGCUGAUUUGCGAAAGUUAAUUUAUUACAAAGAAUGGCAAUAAUUGAUGCAAUGCUGACCUGCAAAGGUGACACACCAUUGAAGGUGGUUGUCUUUAAUACAAAGAGGAAGAACAGCAACAAGUUAGUGAUAUGCUGAUUUGCAAAGCUAAAGUUCAUCUACAUUACACUGCUGUUGUUGGCCAGCAUUGCGGCACCUACUGUGUGCACCACUACCCUUCCUCUAAAACGGGUCAUUCCACUAAAGCACCGCAUUAAGAUUGACACAUUGAUAGCUCGCGACAGAGUUCGCCACUCAAGAAUCUUGGGCGGUGUUGGCGUCAACUUCCCAGUCCAAGGGAUUGCUGAUCCAAACUCCUUUGGUCUCUAUACCACAAAACUAAAGCUUGGAUCUCCACCAAGGGAGUUUACGGUUCUGAUUGACACCGGAAGUGACGCUCUAAUGGUUAACUGUAAUCCUUGUACUGGUUGCCCUCAUUCCAGUGGACUUGGGAUUGAACUCAAUUUUUUUGACACAACUAGUUCAUCCACGGCCGCACUAGUACAUUGCUCAGACCCGAUAUGCUCUCCCACGGUUCAAGGGGUGGCUAGUAGUUGCUCUCAUAAGGAUAAGCAUAAUCAGUGUAGAUACGUCUUUAAGUUUCAAGAUAACAGUGCUGCCUCCGGUUUUUAUUUAUCUGAUAACAUGUAUUUUGACACGACAAUCGGGCAUUCUUCUCCGACUAGUGUUAGCUCUUCAGCCGCUGUUCUUUUUGGGUGUAGCACCGAUGUAUCUGGAGGUUUGACCAAGACGGCAAGAGCGUUUGAUGGAAUCUUUGGGUUUGGCCCUAAUGAUGUAUCAGUUGUAUCACAAUUGUCAUCACAAGGAAAAACACCCAAUGUUUUCUCUCACUGUUUGAAAGGAGAUGGCAAUGGAGGAGGAAUUCUAGUUAUUGGUGAAAUUUUGGAGCCCAAUACUGUUUAUAGUCCAAUGGUUCCAUCGCAGUUUCAUUAUGUCUUGAAUCUCCAAAGCAUUUCUGUCAAUGGAAAUCUCCUUUCAAUUAAUCCAGCCGUAUUUGUAACACCACACGACAAAGGAAUUGUAGUUGACAGCGGUACAACAUUGGCAUAUCUUGCUCAAGAAGCUUAUGAUCCUCUUGUUAAUGCCAUAACUACUGUUGUAUCACAACUUGGCAGUCCCGCUAUUUCACAAGGAAGUCCUUGCUAUCUGGUUUCAACCAGUAUAGAUAUUUUUCCUUCGAUCACCUUUCACUUUGCUGGUGGAGCGCCCAUGGUUCUAAAACCAGCACAGUACCUUGUGCACAAUGAUUUCUUGUUUGCUUCAACGUGGUGCAUUGGUUUUCAAAAAACACAGGGUGAGCCUUCAAUAUUAGGAGAUCUUGUCUUAAAAGAUAGGAUAAUUGUUUAUGACUUGGAUAAUCAACGCAUAGGAUGGACCGACUAUGAUUGUUCUAUGCCUGUCAACGUCUCUAUGACCCUGAGGAAGGAUAAAAAAAUAAAUCCAAGAGCAAAACGAUCGGGGGCCAGCAGCUCAGAGAUAAGGAUUCUCUAAAUAUUAUUACAUGUAACCUUUGUAGCUUUUCUUAUGCACGUAUUAUAUUCUUCGUGAAGGAAAGAUAUGAUAUAACUUGUGCUAGAAAUAAAUAAUUUAGGAAUGUUUGUACACUUUCAUUUGAAAAGUUUGGGAGGCUAAUGAAACAAAUGACUAGGAUGAGGGGAUAUGUAAAGAGAGUUGAAAUCAACAUUGUCAGCAAUCUCUCAUUGAAUGAAUCCAACCGCAUAAAAUAUUGUAAUGUGCCAGAUUAAUUUUAUUUGUUAUGCUAUAUGACCCACUCUUGUGAUUACUAUAUCAA